CUCCUCCGCCGGGCUUUUCUCCCACAUUCUUCCCGGUCCAAAGGAUCCGGAGCCCGGGGUGUCCUCCCAUGCCUCCUCGCCGCAGAGUGGACGUGGCGGUCGGUCGGCGGAAGGCGGACGUGUCGGCGCCGUCAUGGUGCUGAUGGGCGAGCAGGCCGAGCGACCUUUGACACCGCCCACCGCCACGCAGCUACUGCUUCAUCCCCGAGGGAGGCGUUCCGGGGCACAAAAAGAAGCUCAGAGGAGACGAAGAAGACCCGCAGACCUCCAGCUGGGUUUGGACACCGAACCGGAAACCAGCGAGAGUGGGAAGAAGACCACCGGAAGCGGCAGACUGAACCCCGUGGAGCAGCUCUCACCCGUGACCAGUCCCACCAGGAAGAAGUCUCCGUCCGUGCAGGUGCGUCACUCAGGUGUUGGGACUUCCUGUUUGGGUGUGUCCAAGACCACCGCUCACUUCCACAAGCUCUUCAAGGAGGUGGGCCGAGACCAGGUGCUCCAACAAAGCUACACCUGUGCCCUGCAGAAGGACAUCUUGUACCAGGGGAGGAUGUUUCUCUCUCAGAACUGGAUCUGCUUCCACUCCAAGGUCUUUGGCAGAGACACCAAGAUCGCCAUCCCGGCGGCGUCGGUGACGCUGAUCAAGAAGACCAGGACGGCUCUGCUGGUGCCAAACGCCCUCGUCAUCCAGAGAUCACAUGAUCAGCACGUCUUCGUGUCCUUCCUGUCCCGCAACACCGCCUACAAGUUCCUGCGCUCCGUCUGCGUCCACCUGGAGGUGGAGAAGACGUGCGGCGGCCAUGUUGACGACGACUUCGGAGCCCGGGUGCCGCCGUCCCUUCCUCUGGUCAGUCGGGAUGUUUUUAUCCCCCCGUGGCGUCCAUUGUCCAGCUUCCUGUGCGCACCGCAGGACUUCUCCGGAACCUUCUCUGACGAGGACGGUGUGGCGCGCCCCGGGCGGCGGGAGACCACGGACAGCAGCAGCUCGGGGUCCCAGACUCCGGACUACGUCAAACUAAACGACUUUGCCGGCCUCCCGUUUGUCGGCGGCGGCGUGACGAGCGGAGAAGUUUCCGUCCUGGCUGACGUUCACCUGCAGCCGGGCGCAAAAAACGAGGGGUCACCUGGGGGUGAGGCCACACAGGUGCACAAGUUCCGCCGUCACACGUCCUUGCGCGCCGUCCUGCUACUCUACUUGUUUUUAGCCGGCGUCCUGGUGGCGUCGUCCUGCUACAUGGCCUUCAAGAUGGCGGGCCUGGAGCGUCGUCUGAACUCCAUGUUGGCGGCCGGGGCGCGCCUGCACGGCUCGACGGCAGCGAGGCUUCGGGACGCUGAGAUGGUUGAAGAGCUCGCCGCCAACCUGUUCAAGCUGGACAAGGUUCGGAGAAACCUCCAGAAGCUGCUUGACGACGCCUGAAGAGGAGAGUGGUCAUGUGACCUCUUGAAAUCAACUAGUGCAACAGCACCCUCUGCUGGUCACGGCCAGUAGUGUUGAUGUAGCGUCUCAUUCAUUUCAUUUUAUUUGCUCUUUUCACGUUGUAAAUCUCAUUUUAAUUAUCUAUAUUCUGAUAGAAAACAUCUUUUUAUCUUGUCUGAGGUCUUCUAAGUCAACUUUUUUUAUGUUAUGAUCAGACUUUAUUAUAAAUAUAUAUAUUUUG